AUGAUGAUGACGUGCCGGUUGCUGUGCGCCCUGUUGGUGCUCGCCCUGUGCUGCUGUCCGUGUGCCUUCACGACAUCGGUUGUUUCGGAAAAAGAUGCCCCCGAUGUACCCCCAACACCGCUAAAGGAGCCAGCUCCGGGGAAAAUUUCUUCAGUUUCAACUACCCCUACAGUUUUGGAACCGGGUAGUGUCGGUGCGGCAUCUCAAGCAGGUUUGGUCGUUGCGGUAAAGACGCUAGGUGGACAGUCCAUUACACAAGAUAAAAUAGGAGCGCCUGGUCAUUCAUUGCCAGGAGGUGGGAACAACGAUCUGCCACGUUCAACGGAUAUUCCCGAUAAUACGGUAGAAAAAAAUACGGAGCAUAAUACGGAAGAGUCCAAAACUAAUAAAAAGGAUAAGGUACAGACACCAAAUACGACGACCACAACAACUACGACGACAACUACAACCACAGAGGCACCAAGUAAUACGGCGAUGAAUACAAAAGUACCAACCACGACGACCACCCACGCACCGUCACGUCUUCGCGAAAUCGACGGCACCCUCAGCAGCUCUGCGUGGGUGUGUACCCCGCUGCUGCUCGCCGCAUCCGCGCUGGCGUAA